AGUUUAUGAACUCAACUCUACUGUGCUGGGUCUGAGUAUCUAGUUCUCUGAUACAUCAAGGCGCGGUUUUAUAUCCCACUACUACUACUAUUACUAAUAUCAUUAUCUAUAUACCAUAACUAUAAGUUGUACAAGUAGUUGUUGAGUGCAGACAUCAAGACUAAGAAAAGAAUAAGAAUAAGAAUUAUUUUAUUGACCGGAAGACGUGGCUAAUGUGUGCAGUGAGAAAGACAUCAGUUUAUCACUAUCACAGUUGACUGAUCUAAUUUAUCUAUCAGACUCUCGGACACGCGGUUUUUUUCUUUCACGUGUAAAUAUUACGUUAAAAUGAAUUUUGUCACUGAUAGAAGUUUUCUUUGGCGGUAAUAUUUUUUAAUUCGGGUAUGUGAGUGCGUUUGUGGGUGGGUGAAUUUUUAAGUGGGGGAAAAAUUUUUUAAUGCAUGGUAAAAUGGUGCCCCCUGAUGGGGGAUGGGGGUGGGUGGUUGCUCUGGGUUAUGCAUUAAAUAACAUUGUAAUGGUACCACUGAUUCAAGGAAUGAGUUUAGUAUUCAUAGAUAUAUUUGCAACAUUAAAUCUUCCACCAACAGAUGUGUCAAUAAUAAUGAGUACAAAUAUGUCAUUUGGCAUGGCGUUAGGUUUAAUACACGGGCCUCUGCUUCGUAAAUUUGGAUAUCGAAAAGUAGCCAUCGCCGGCGCUUUAUUUUUUUUCUCCGGAAUAUUUAUGACUGCAUUUGCUACCAAGUUUAUACAUUUUUUAAUAACAUACGGUCUGAUGACAUCUUUAGGAGUCGGUUUAUCAAUGGCAUCAUUUUCAUUAGCAGUGAAUACAUAUUUUCUUGAAAAACGAGGACGUGCUAUGGGACUAGCGAUGACUAUUACUGGUUUUGGCCCAAUACUAAUGCCACAAUUGAUAACAUUACUCUUAUAUAUAUAUUCACCUCAGGGAACAAUAAUUAUUCUUGGAGCAAUAACAAUGCAUGCAUUAAUGGCAGCAUUAUUAUUACAACCUGUAAAGUGGCAUGCUAAACAUGCGGUGAUUGAACCCAAAGAUAAUGAAGAUAAACCAGAUGAUAAAACAAAAAUAAUCGAAUCAAAAACUAAAAACAUGAGCUUAGAAACAGUUAAAGUGGACAUUGGAUCUAAUAACUAUGAGCUAAAACGCACAAUAAGUAUUUCAAAUUUGAACAUCGACAAUAAAGACUCUCAGUCUUUGGAAAUUUGUGAGACCGAAAAUUUGACUAUUGGACAAUCGGUUACGACAAGCCGCAGACGAAGUAUUUAUCAUUCACAAUCAGCUUAUGAUAUUCUUGAAGCUGGUAAAGAAAAAAAUUCAAUUAAAGAACAUUCUUACAAAUGGUGGACAUCAGGAAAAAGUUUAAAUUCAAUUAAUUUGGGAAGUUGUCCACUGAUUUUCGACGAAUCGAUGAUUUAUGGAACGGUGUCAAUAGAUAAUUUACAAGAUAACAAUGAAGACAACUUAAAAAUAAAUGGAAAAGAAUUAAAUAACACUGAUGAAGAAAGAGGAUUAAAAGAUAAAAUAAAUGAAUCAAAAGUUGAACAAUCGGGAAAGUCAGGAGGUGGACAUUGUGCUCGUUUGACCCGCGUUCUACGUAGAAUCGUUGAUUUGUUCGACUUGAGUUUGCUCUGCGACCCGAUUUACGUCAACUUGAUGCUCGGUUUGUCGAUAGCUGCCUUUGCGGAAAUAAACUUCGCAAUGUUAAUGCCCUUUAUAUUAAACGAAAAUAAAUUUACAAAAGUACAAAUUGCUGGUGCUAUGAGCACUAUGGCUACUAUUGAUUUAUUGAUGCGAGGAGUUUCUCCGUUUAUUGCUGAAUGGCUUAGACAAACUCCUAGAAAAAUGUAUCUCGUCAGCUUGGUGAUGCUCAUUCUCAGCAGAUCAAUAAUAACAUUAAGCUCCGACUUUACUGCCAUAAUAUUAAUGGCGAUUGGAAUAGGCUUCGCCAAAGGGUCACGAUCUGUUUUUAUGUCUCUCGUGGUUCCUAGUUACGUGCCCAUUGAAAGACUUGCCCACGCUACAGGAAUUCAAAUUUUCGUUAACGGCAUUAUUAUUGGCGCACUUAGUCCUGUCUUAGGAAUAAUUCGUGAAGCCAAAGGUAAUUAUGUUCUAUGUAUAAUCUUAAUAAACAUAAUGUCAGCUGUGACAAUAGUAAUGUGGUCAACAGAAAUGUUUAUAAACCAUCGAAGAGCCAAAGGAAAAAAUAAAGAAUACAAAGCCGUUGACUGUGACUUAAAUACUCAUAAAUAAAUUUUUAAGUAUUAAUUAUUAUCCUCGAAAUAAUAAAAUAAUUUAUUUAUAAAAUU